AUGGGUAGGACUCUGCGUACAUUAUUGACAGCCUCUCUCUGUUUUCUCUCUCCCUCCUUUUCCUUUCUCUCUCCCUCCUUUUCCUUUCUCUCUCCCUCCUUUUCCUUUCUCUCUCCCUCCCUUUCCUUUCUCUCUCCCUCCCUUUCCUUUCUCUCUCCCUCCCUUUCCUUUCUCUCUCCCUCCCUUUCCUUUCUCUCUCCCUCUCUCUUCCUCUCUCUCUUCCUCUCUCUCUUCUCUCCUCUCUCUUCCUCUCUUCUUCUUCCUCUCCUUUCUUCCUCUCCCUCUCUCUCCCUCUCUCUUCUCUCUUCUCUCUCUCUUCUCUCUUCCUCUCUCUCUUCUCUCUUCUCUCUUCCUCUCUCUCUUCUCUCUUCCUCUCUCUUCUCUCUUCCUCUCUCUCUCUCUUCCUCUCUCUUCUCUCUUCCUCUCUCUCUUCUCUCUUCCUCUCUCUCUUCUCUCUUCCCUUCUCUCUCUCUCUUCUCUCUUCCUCUCCCUUCCCUCUUUUUUCUCUCUCUCUCCCUUCCCUCUUUUUUUCUCUCUCUCUCCCUUCCCUCUUUUUUUCUCUCUCUCUCCCUUCCCUCUUUUUCUCUCUCUCCCCUUCCCUCUCCUUUUUCUCUCUCUCCCUUCCCUCUUUUUCUCUCUCUCUCCCUUCCCUCUUUUUCUCUCUCUCUCCCUUCCCUCUUUUUUCUCUCUCUCCCUUCCCUCUUUUUUUCUCUCUCUCUCUUCCCUCUUUUUUUUUUUCUCUCUCCCUUCCCUCCUCUCUCCCUUUUUUCUCUCUCUCUCUCCCUUCCCUCUUUUCUCUCUCUCUCCCUUCCCUCUUUUCUCUCUCUCCCUUCCCUCCCUUUUUCUCUCUCUCUCCUUCCCUCUUUUCUCUCUCUCUCUCCCUUCCCUCUUUCUCUCUCUCUCCCUUCCCUCUUUUUUUUCUCUCUCUCUCCCUUCCCUCUUUUUCUCUCUCUCUCUCCCUUCUCUCUUUUUUCUCUCUCUCUCCCUUCUCUCUUUUUUCUCUCUCUCUCCCUUCUCUCUUUUUUCUCUCUCUCUCCCUUCUCUCUUUUCUCUCUCUCUCUCUCCCUUCCCUCUUUUCUCUCUCUCUCUCUCCCUUCCCUCUUUUCUCUCUCUCUCUCUCCCUUCCCUCUUUUCUCUCUCUCACCAUCUGAUUAUACUUUACAAACAUUCUUAUGCACAUAG